CAUCGAACUGCGAGAGCCUGGCAAGCGCCUCCAAUGCGCCGCGUGCUGCCCCCAUUGCUUUUGCUGCUCGCAUCCUUUCCUUCCUAGCACAGCCAUGGCGGAGCCAGUGGAGAAGCAGUACCGCGCCGAGUACGCCAAGAGCGGCCGGGCUUCGUGCAAGAAAUGCGGCGACAACAUCGCCAAGGACUCGCUCCGCCUGGCCAUCAUGGUGCAGUCUCCCAUGUUUGAUGGCAAAGUACCCCACUGGCAUCACUUUACUUGCUUCUGGAAACGUGCUCGACUGAUAUCCCAUGCUGAGGUGGAUGGCUUCUCAGAACUGCGUUGGGAGGAUCAGGAGAAGAUUAAAAAAUCUAUUGAAACCGGUGGUGCUGGAACAGGGAAAGCAGGCAAAACCGAAAAGAAUUUAAAUGAUUUUGCGGUAGAAUAUGCAAAGUCCAACAGAAGUACCUGCAAAGGCUGUGAACAGAAGAUAGAAAAGGGUCAUAUUAGAAUUUCAAAGAAAAUGGUACACCCUGAGAAGCCUCAGUUGGGGAUGAUAGACAACUGGUACCAUACUGCCUGUUUCAUCAGCCGCCGAGGAGACCUGGGUUUUCUUGCUACCUUUAGUGCACCUCAGCUCUUAGGAUUUGCGAUCCUGAAUACAGAAGAUAAAGAGUCUCUGAAAAAGGAACUGCCUGCUCUCAAGAAUGAAGGAAAGAGAAAAGGAGAUGAAGUAGAUGCUACUGUGGUAUCUAAAAAGAAACCAAAAAAGGAGAAAGAAAAGCCAUCAAAACAGGAGAAACUGCUAAAGGAGCAGACAGAGCUGAUCUGGAACAUCAAAGAUGAACUAAAGAAAGCAUGUUCCACCAAUGACCUCAAAGAGCUCCUAAUUGCCAACAAACAGGAAGUUCCUUCUGGAGAAUCUGCUAUCUUGGACCGUGUUGCAGAUGGGAUGGCUUUUGGGGCUUUGCUGCCCUGUGAGGAGUGCAAAGGCCAGUUUGUGUUCAAAUGUGAUGCUUACUACUGCACUGGGGACAUCACGGCUUGGACCAAAUGUGUUGCCAAGACACAGUCCCCCAACAGGAAAGAAUGGAUCAUCCCAAAGGCCUUUCGGGAAAUCACAUACCUGAAGAAAUUCAAGUUUAAAAAGCAGGAAAGAGCUUUCUCUCCAGAGGCUGUAUCUACAAACUCUAUACCACCUCCAGCAGUUUCCGUGCCUGUUAUAGAAAACUCCACCACCCCAGCAGAUAAACCAUUAAAUAGCAUGAAGAUUUUAGUCCUUGGGAAAUUGUCAAAAAACAAGGACGAAAUCAAAUCUGCCAUUGAAGAACUUGGAGGAAAGGUGACAGCUACUGUGAAUAGAGCAAACUUGUGCAUAAGCUCACAAAAGGAAAUUGAAAAGAUGAAUAAGAAGAUGGAGGAGGUGAAACAGGCCCAGGUGCGCGUUGUCUCAGAGGAGUUCCUCCAGGAUGCAAAGUCCUCCAGCAAAGGCUUCCAGGAGCUUUUGUCACUCCAUGCGCUCUCUCCGUGGGGCACAGAGGUCAAGCAGGAGCACAAAGAGGUGUUUGUGGCAGAAAAAUCCAGCGGACACACGAACAUGAAAAGCAUUGGAAAGAACAAGGAAGAACAAGGAACCAGUAAGUCUGAAAAGAAAAUGAAGCUGACAGUGAAAGGCGGUGCUGCUGUAGAUCCUGAUUCAGGCUUGGAAGAUUCUGCUCAUGUCUUUGAAAAAGGUGGUAAAAUCUUCAGUGCCACUCUUGGUCUGGUUGAUAUUGUCAGGGGAACAAAUUCAUAUUAUAAGCUUCAAUUACUGGAAGAUGACAGAGAACUCAGAUACUGGGUUUUCCGUUCCUGGGGUCGUGUUGGCACAACCAUUGGGAGCAAUAAACUAGAACAGAUGCCAUCUAAAGAAGAAGCCAUUGAACAUUUCCUGAAUCUGUAUGAGGAAAAGACAGGGAACUCCUGGCAUUCCAAAAAUUUCACAAAGUAUCCCAAGAAAUUCUAUCCUCUGGAAAUAGACUAUGGACAGGAUGAAGAAGCGGUAAAGAAACUGACAGUGAGUGCAGGAACCAAAUCAAAGCUUCACAAGGCAGUCCAAGACCUUAUUAAGAUGAUCUUUGAUGUGGAAAGCAUGAAGAAGGCCAUGGUGGAAUUUGAGAUUGACCUCCAGAAAAUGCCUUUGGGGAAGCUAAGUAAGAGGCAGAUCCAGAGUGCAUACUCCAUCCUUAAUGAGGUUCAGCAGGCAGUUUCUGACGGUGGCACAGAUUCACAGAUACUGGAUCUCUCCAAUCGCUUUUACACUCUAAUCCCUCAUGACUUUGGGAUGAAAAAACCUCCCCUUUUAAACAGUCUGGACUACAUUAAGUCCAAAGUGGAGAUGCUGGACAAUCUGCUUGACAUUGAGGUGGCCUACAGCCUACUCAGGAGCGGUGCUCAGGAUGGGGAUAAGGAUCCAAUAGAUGUGAACUAUGAAAAAUUGAAGACUGAUAUCAAGGUAGUAGACAAAGACACAGAUGAAGCCAAGAUCAUAAAGCAGUACGUUAAGAAUACCCAUGCAAGUACCCACAAUGCAUAUGACUUGGAAGUUGUGGAGAUUUUCAAGAUUGAACGUGAAGGAGAAAAUCAGCGUUAUAAGCCUUUCCGAGAAUUGCACAAUCGUCAGUUACUCUGGCAUGGUUCUCGCGCGACCAACUACGCUGGUAUUUUGUCGCAAGGUCUUCGAAUAGCUCCCCCUGAAGCUCCUGUGACUGGCUACAUGUUUGGGAAAGGUAUCUACUUUGCAGAUAUGGUGUCUAAGAGUGCCAACUACUGUCAUACUUCGCAGACUGAUUCAGUAGGCUUAAUCUUGCUGGGAGAAGUUGCCCUUGGAAAUAUGUAUGAACUGAAAAAUGCCUCUCAUAUAACCAAGUUACCGAAAGGAAAACACAGCGUCAAAGGUUUGGGCAAAACAGCACCAGAUCCUUCAGCCACAGUGUCUCUUAAUGGCGUGGAUGUUCCUUUAGGCCCUGGCAUCCCAUCUGGAGUUAGCAAUACCUGUCUUUUAUAUAACGAAUAUAUCGUCUAUGAUGUUGCUCAGGUAAAUCUGAAGUACUUGCUGAAGCUGGAUUUCAAAUAUAAAACUUCCCUCUGGUGAACAAGAAUCAAACUUGUUAAAAGAGUUAAUGCUAUAAAACCUGCUGAAACAUCGAAGUAUUCCUACCACUGCUGAGAUACAAGAACUAAGUUUCAGGGCUAUGCUGACCUUAAUCACUUUUGUAAGGAUUUUUCUUUACUCUCUUGUGGCUACAACACAUGAGAUUGAAUACUAUGAGAAUUUUGUGUCCCUCCCCCCUCUCCCUUCCUCUCUUUGGUCCAUACUAGUUUGGGGACUGCUGUGUCUCUUCUAACCAUUAAGCAACAGACCAAAAUACUACUAAAAACUCUUGGUUAUAGCCUUUGCUAAGUGAGGUAGGGGACGAACUUAGAACUGUUUGCAGAUACAUUGGAUUUUCUUCCAAAAUCCACACAUCUUCCUUAGUUUCUAUUAUGAAUAAAUGUUAAACCUGUUUAUUUUGAAGCAAAAAAUAAAAGCUAAUUUCAUACUAA